UAGAUGUGGCGCCGCGUGUUGUUCUAAGUUUUGUUUCGUUCGUCCGAAUGGUACCUGACCUCAUGCCCGAAUGUCAUGAGCCCAAUCAAGGGUAUCACAGACAGUGUAAUGAAUCCUCACUUUCAUGAUUUUCUUAAUUAUUGCCACAGGAGCCCUAACGGAUACUGAUAACGACGAUGCGCCGCGGAGCCGCGUGAAGAAGGUAUUAGCACGGAGGAACAAGAACCAAUGUACCAUGGGGUUCCAACGGAAAAAAGCCGCUGGUAUCAAAACCUGGUAUCAUGCAAGUUUUGCUUCCUUCAGCUCAGAAGAGGAUACGGAGAAGCAGGGAACACCACCGAAGAACAAGAAGUGUCGAAAGCGGAAACAGGAUGUCAGUUCUUCUUCUUCGACCGCACACGAUAAGAUGGAACAUCGCAGAACCGGGACGAAGAGGAAGAAGCCUCGGAACGAUGCAACGCCAAAGCAGGUUGUCGGAUGGAAAUUUUCGCCUUCCAUGCUCAAGAAGCUUCUCUUGCGCUUCGAUGAUGAGCAGAAGAAGUGGGUCAACAGCACUGGUUUUGGAGUGCUGUACUACGUAUGUGACAGCCAGCUGCCAAGAGAACUGACGCUUAUGCUCAUCAACAAGGUUAAUCAUCAUACUGGUGCGCUAGAAAUAGAUGGUGUCUCCGUCCCAAUGAAACCAUUCGUCAGAAAGCUGUUAGGCAUUCCAAAUGGUAAGAGCCCAGUCACGGCUCCUCUGUUCACUGUCCGGGGCAAGACAAAGGUCAUGAAGCCUACAGCUGAGCACAAGGAAUUCACAGAUCUGAAAGGUGGUCGGGGCAGGCCAAUACAUGAGGUGCUCGAUGAGCUCGUCAACUGUCACGAAGAAUUGAAAUUCCAGAAAAAGUUCAUUGUUGUUGCGCUCUCUAUAUACCUGGCGCCGAGAAGUGGAUACCUGCUCAACCGGACCUACCUGGAAUGCCUGAAAAACAUGGCAUUAGUAGCCGACAUGAAUUGGUGUGAUUAUGUUGCGGACUUCCUGAUCCAGGGGAUCCGGGACUACCACGAGUCAGGCGCUGCUAACAUUUUUGUGCAUGGGUGUGUACACAUCCUUGUGCUCAUGUACAUUGAUCUGUUGGAAGGACCUGUUCCGGACCAUACCCUCCAAUUCCCACGGAUUCAAGCGUGUACCCCCGAGGUACUGAAGCAGUUGGAUUCGAUCCACCCGACAGCACAGGCACGAUAUCGGUCGCUCAACGAGUUUACCACAUUAUAUGGAAUGGACAUGGCCGAUUUGGACGUGCCUGUCCGAGCGCAGCCUGUGCCGUGCCCCGAAUUCACGCAACAGUCAGCUGACUUGCCGGAAACCACGGGACCGCAACAACAUGCGUCCCGUCAACCUGGACGUCAUGAUUCUGUUCCCCUCGAUGACACUUCUCAGGGGCUCACGCGGAUAGAUCAGCAGUACAAACGGGACCGCGAGCACAUCAUCGAUGAAUGUAUGACCGAUAUGAAGAGAAGAAUCCAGAAGCUCAACGCUACAAGAGCUGCUGCAAUUGAGUCUUUGCUGCGAAGAGUGAAGGCUUCAACCAGAACCAACGAUCCAGGAGGAUCGGGUAGUGUUCACGAUGAUGUGCGCACACAGUACAGUUCUGAAGAUUUACGACAGUCGCCCAGAACGGAGCAAAUGCCACCCUGCAGCUCUCCGCAUUUCGAUGCCACGCCUGCGGACGCCCCGACGGCAUGCCCGUUACGACGUUCAAGCGAUCCAGCUGUGAUCUAUCCACCUAACUUUGACAAGACCCCUAUCCCAAACAAUAUGUCAUCCGACAAUACUGUACGAGAACAAGGGCAGCAACCUAAAAUGAACCUGGAGACUGAUCGAGGCCCUGAGGGUUCUUUUUUCCAGGAUCUAGGUACCCCAGAACUGAUGGCACAAGUUCUGUCCAUUGCCGAUGAUGCUUCGAAAGAGGCAGAACAAAAUGCAGCUCACGACAUGGAUGCUGCUGUCCUGCAGCAAAAGAUUGCCGCCAUACGCGAGCCCCAGAACACUUCACCUGUUCCGAGUGAGACGCACGGACAAAACCUAAAUGGGGAGCAGCAACACAUGGUCCAACCAGAAACCGUCACCAACAACACACCAAAGCCGCAUGUACCUGAUCAAGGGAUGCAACCUAUGUUUGUUGCUGACACAUUUGAGCGUCAAGAUCCUGAAAACUCAUCAUCACAGUUAUACGAGAUGUCCGAACAAGAGAUUCACACAUCAUCUGUCCAUGCCACCGACCCAGCGGGACAAGCAGCUCCAACGGCAUCCAUGGAUGUCCUUACGGAACCACAGCUGCAAAAUCUGAUCCCACCCCACCUGGCUGGACAGCUUCGUAGUGGGCAGCCAGAACUACGGAUGCAGACACCAUUUCCAGUGUCAGAUCAAUGUCAGCUGUCUCUCACAGAUGAUUAUAUAGAAAGAAUUUCGUCCGCACGAUCCCCAGUAUUGCCGCCCAAUCAUGAAUCAAACGAUGGGCCUAACGCAUCAGCUUCAUUGGACCUGAACGCUUCCACAGUUGAUGACACGUUCACAGGAUUACAUGUCGAUUCACAAGACCAAUUGGAAGCAUCGCUGGGAACAUUUGAAGAUGACACCCAGAUCCGUUUCGAUGAUGCUAUCUACGAUCAUUACGCAGGUUAUACUCCAACGACUGCAGAUCUGAUUCAACAGCCUAUACAAAUAGCUGACUCUCCCUGCACUGUCGCUGCCCUAGAUGUCUGCAAUCUGCCUGCUCUCACGCUGCCAGUAACAGGAGGGGAGAGCUUUGUUGAUCCUGGAAGUGUCAGUACUGCUGUGAAGAAUAGGAUGAAGCGUUACAAGAAGACUGACGAUAAGCUUGAAGGUAUACAGGAACUGGUCAAGUCCACGUCGAAAACAAACCCUUCUGCUGUGAAGACUUACCAUGAGCAUGUGGAGACAUCGCGGUUUAGAGGUACCGGACAAACAUGUAACUUGCGUAAGAUGACCACCGGGACAGUGAAGAUACGAAUUAGGAGAGCCCAUGUUACCGAAGAGGAAUUUGUCAAUGCUUUGAAGCAAAACGGCGAAGUUGACUUGAAUUUCAUGUGGCUCUGCUUGUCGCAGCAUGGGGCUUUGACACCGGGGGUGUGCGGGCACCCCCUUUUAGGUUCGGCAGAGGGCGACGGGGAUCGUUCCGAAAAGAAGAUCGAGAAGGACUGGCACACGGACUGGUGCUGGGUCCGUGUGGACGAGCCCGAAGAGUUCAUCUUUCCGCCCACCGAGUUGCCGCUGAGGGCCCCCGGCUGGUGGGACUGGUACCACCGUGACGUCGACCUCCUCCCCAUCGUGGAGAAGAUCAAGGCCCUUCGGCUAGCCGGGCUCUCCGACUUCGAUGUGGCAUGGGUCUUCAUCACCCGGCGCAUCGCGCCGCUUCAGCGGCGUUCCCUCCUCGCGUGGGCAUACACGGGGGCUGGAGACAGGACGCGCCUCCACGAGGAGGGCGUGGAGAAGGAGUCGCUCCAGGUGUGGGUGAGGGGGAUCUCCGGCGAGGAUGCUCCCUUUGCGAAGUUUCCGUCGGGGGAUUUCGCCCUCCACGCGCGGCGUCCCUGA